CCUGCCCCCCCCCCCUGGCCAAACCCACGGCCGACUCCUCCAGCCAGCCGCCGCGCCCAUCUUCCGGGGCUAUCGACCCGGAGACCGCCAGCUCAUUCGGCAGCGCAGAGGCGCGAUCAGAGCCCGUUAUAUCGCGGCCAUCUGCCCGCAUCGGCCCGGUUCUCCUCAACCGCAUACCACCCAAUCCGCUCGCGACUGGCAGAUCCUGGUCCCAGUCCAAACUCACCUAGCGAGCAGCAGCCUUGGCGCAGCAUUUAUCUCAAUAGCCAUCAUUCGUCUCUGAGGCGUGCCAGAACAACACUGCCAAGCUUGUCAUAGACCGGUGCAGCAUGGCGUCCGCCAACAGACGCCCAUCGGCCAUUUCCUCGCACACAAGCCCUUCGUUGGGCGGGGCAUCCGCCGACAUCUUCAUCAAGCGGGCCCUCGAGCAAAUUGGCGAGGCCAAAGAGUCUAGGAAGCUUGCACCUCUCAAGGAUGCCAUCAAGGAGGCAACAGCGGCCCUCGAUGCACCUCCGCCUGUGGAUCCGGCCGGAGGAAAAGCCUUCCUCAACACCAUAUUCACUCCCUUCCAGCUUGCAUGUCAGAGCCGACAACCCAACCUCGUUUCGAUUGCGAUUGACUGUCUAGCAAAGCUGUUCUCGUACGACUUUUGGGGCAAGUUCGAGACUGCCUCGCCGGCCAAGGCAUCGGCCGCGGGAUAUGAAUCGGACGACUCAUCGCUGAAGGUAGAGGGCACGCAUUCACGAACAGCCACAGGCACCAAGAGCAGCCGGAACACAAGCGUGGACGAGGAACGAGAAAGUAGCUUUGACGAAUCCAGCAUAGUCAACACUGGUGUCGUCGUGCUUGUCGUCGACACCAUCUGCGAUUGCUUCUCGGCUGGCGACCAAACAGACGAGAAGGUUCAGCUCCAGAUUGUGAAAGCCCUGCUUGCCGCGGUUUCGUCAGUCGAUCCUGCUUCCUGCAUCCACGGGGGCCUGCUUCUGAAGGCCAUCCGAACAACAUACAACAUAUUCUUGAUUUCCAAGUCGUCCAGCACGCAGAUCGUUGCACAGGCGACACUCACGCAGAUGGUCCAGGCCGUCUUUAGCCGAGUGCCCAAGGAAGUCAAGCUGGCGCCACCCAGAAUCCUGAUCCAGCAGCCAUCGACGUUGUCGGCAAUUCGAGAAGAUGAGGUCAUGAACCAGUCUGGCCACGAAGUCAACCAGCCAAGUGGAAUCAGCGACACAGCAUCGCUCACUCGGGGUGCAUCAAGCGUCGACAGUUUCUCAACUAUCGAGGAUAAAGACGCCGCGACGGCCGCAAUCCACUCUCUCGGCAAAGGAUCGUCCAUUCGAACAUCGCAUGACAUUCUUUCGAGCACCGGACGAGAUAAAAAUGCCGAUCGCGACCCGACCGUCGAUGAGUACAUCAAGGAUGCGUACCUGGUAUUCCGGGCGCUCUCCAAGCUCAGCAUGAAGCCCGUACCCACGCCUGAGGGUGCCACGGACCUCAAAUCUCAUGCGAUGCGAUCCAAGCUCCUGGCUCUUCAUCUCGUGUCCACCAUCCUGUCAUCCCAUCUCUAUGUGUUUUUUACGCCAUCGCCCGUGCUCUUCAACGUCAGCAAGUCCAACAGCACGUCGCUGCUUUUCAUCCAUGCCGUCAAGCAAUAUCUGUGCCUCGCGCUCACCAGAAACGCAGUCAACGUUGUGCCACAGGUCUUUGAUGUUGCCAUGGAGAUCUUUGGCAAGGUCCUGGUGGGUCUCAGAUCCGUUCUUAAGCAAGAGCUUUCGGUCAUCGUCACAGAGAUCGUGCUGCCAAUCAUCGAAGCCAAAAAUACGAUCACCUUCCACCAGCGUGUCUCGUUGCUCAAGAAUCUGCAAGCCACGCUUUCCGACCCGGCCUCGGAUGGCGGGCGCGUCCUCGUUGAGAUCUAUCUGAACUACGACUGUGAUGUCGAAGCCGGAAUGCGCGAGAAUCUCUGGGAGAGGACCAUCAACUCACUGUCGCGAGUCAUGACGCUCCACUACUCAAGCGAUGCUUCGGGUCCAUCCCAAGCGGUUUCGCCCACCACCGGGGCGCCGUCCUUGAGCAGCAAGGGCCUCCCUCCUGCCAUGACGACUGCUGGUAUGGCCAGCCUUACCAAAGAGCAGGUCAAGGGCCUGUACUCAGCCACGGGCGACUACAAUGAGCUCAAGCGGCGCGGAUUGGAGCUGCUUGUGCGCGGGAUUCUCAAAUCCCUGGUCCGCUGGUGCGAUGCCGUGCGGAAUACCAAAGAUGAGAUCGCCAGCUCGCCAAAGGGGGUCCGCAAGAGCGAAGACUCGGCCGUUGACAACGACACCGGCAGUCUCGGCCUGGUGUCGGAGGAAGAAGGCAAAAAGUCUGCUCGCCGAGGCAUCGAGGACGACCCGCAUGCAUUCGAGACCUACAAGCACCGCAAGCAAGUGCUGCUCGAGGGCAUUCGUCGCUUCAACUUCAAGCCCAAAAAGGGCAUGCAGUACCUGCUUGACUCGGGGUGUAUUCCUUCGCGUACGCCCAAGGACAUUGGCAACUUCCUGCUGCACACCGAGGGCCUGAACAAGACCAUGAUUGGCGAGUUCCUUGGUGAAGGCGACGAAGAAAACAUUGCCAUCAUGCAUGCCUUUGUCGAUGCUCUGGACUUUACCGGCCUCGGAUUUGUCGAUGCUCUGCGGGCGUUCCUGCAAUGCUUCCGUCUGCCCGGCGAGGCCCAGAAGAUUGACCGAUUUAUGCUCAAGUUUGCGGAGCGGUAUCUCACUGGCAAUCCUGGCAGCUUCAGCUCAGCAGACACGCCGUAUGUCCUUGCCUACUCCGUGAUCAUGCUCAAUACGGACAUGUACAACACCCAGGUCAAGCAAAAAAUGACCAAGGGAGACUUUUUGAAAAACAACCGCGGCAUCGAUGAGGGCAAAGAUCUUCCCCAGGCGUUCCUCGAAGGUGUCUUUGACGAAAUCGCCAAGCAGGAGAUUGUGCUGAAGGAUGAAAAGCCGUCGGGCGGAGCGGCGGCUGCGGCCUCUCCCGAGGACCUUCAGCGGUACCGCAACAACAAGGAGGCAGCCCAGUUUGCUUUGGCGAGUGAAUCGAUGGUUCAAAAGACCGAGGCCUUAUUCAACCAGAUGCUCACCAACGGCACCGGCACGCUGGAAGGCAGCGAGAUCGUCUCCGGCGCAACGUAUAUCACGGCCUCUCAGUACGAGCACGUCAAGGGCAUGUUCCAGAUCAUCUGGACCGCGGUCCUCACGGGGCUCUCGGGUCCGCUGCAAGAGAGCGAGGAUCUCGAAACGAUCAUGCUCGCGCUGGAGGGAUUCAGGUACGCCAUCAAGAUCUCGUGCCUCUUUGAUAUGGAACUGGAGCGCAAGGCCUUCAUCAGCACCCUCAGCAAGUUCAGUCUGCUGGCCAACUAUAACGAGAUAAAGCCCAAGAACCUCGAGGCCAUCAAGUCCCUCAUCGAGAUUGGCAACACCGAGGGCAACCAUCUUCGCGACAGCUGGAGAGAGGUUGUGCUGUGCGUCAGCCUCGUGGAGAAGUUGCAAUCGAAUCAAGCCGGCGCAGACGACCGAUCUACCGGACAGGCUCGUCGGGAAGCUGCUCAAACACGCGGUGGUGCGCGAGGAUUUAUCGAUGAAGCUGCAGCCGAGGCCUCGUCCCAAGGCAUGACCAUCAUGGUCGACAAAAUCUUCACAGCCAGCGUCAAGCUCUCUGGCGGCGCCAUCGUCGAAUUUGUGAGGGCGCUCUGUCAGGUCUCGUGGGAGGAGAUCAGCGCCACUUCAGAUAAGGAGCACCCGAGGAUGUACUGCCUACAGCGACUGGUCGAGAUCAGCUACUACAACAUGAAGCGUAUCCGUGUCGAGUGGAGCAAUAUCUGGGCCAUCCUCGGCGAGCACUUCAACCAAGUCGGCUGCCACGCCAACUCAAAUGUCGGUUUCUUUGCCCUGGACAAGCUGCGCCAGCUUUCGAUGAAGUUCCUUGAGCUCGAGGAGUUGCCCAACUUCAAGUUCCAGAAAGACUUCCUGAAGCCAUUUGACCAUAUCGUGGGCAACAACUCAGACCCAAGCAUCAAAGACAUGGUUCUGGCCUGCCUGCAGCAGAUGGUGCAAGCCAAGGCAAAGAGCCUGAAGAGUGGUUGGAAAACGAUGUUUUCAGCGUUUUCGCGCGCUGGAAAGGAGCCGCAUGACAAAAUCGUCACCCUGGCCUUUGACAUCAUCAAGCACAUAUUCAAGAACCACUUUGAGAGCAUCACGUCGUACGGCACGUUCCCUGAUUUUGUUCAGUGCCUGGUCGAGUUUUGCAAGAACCGCAAGCUGGCCAAGACGAGUCUCCACUCAAUCGAGUUGCUCCGCCAGUCGAUUCCUCGAAUCCAAGAGAUCAUCAAGCAGAGCGCGGAUGUGCGGCGCCCGUCUACCGCCAAGCCCGGCGAUGAGCCAAACACCAACACGCCGCUUGUUGCGCAAAAGCUCAGCAGCGCCGCGCUGCUGAGCGUCAUGUCGGGCGUCCCGGCCAGCAUUUCGGAAGACGAUGUCAACUACAAAUACUGGUUUCCGGUUCUCUUUGGAAUGUACGAGGUCGUAAUGACCUGCGACCUGGAGGUCCGGACGCGAGGUCUGACCUACCUCUUCGAGACCCUCAAGCAGAAUGGCGCCCAGUUCCCCAAGGACUUUUGGGAGGUCAUUGCCAAGGGCGUGCUCUUCCCUAUCUUUGAUGACCUGAAGCUGUCGCGCCAAGAACAUACCAAGUUCGAGAACAAGGACGACAUGUCGGUGUGGCUGUCGACGACCCUCAUCCAGGCUCUGCGCAGCUUCAUUGACCUGUACACUGUCUUCUUCGAUAAGCUGGACUUUUUGAUGGAUGGGGUCCUGGAGCUCCUAACGAUCUGUAUGACACAAGAAAACGAAACCCUGGCACGAAUCGGAUCGACUUGUUUGCACCAACUCAUCGAAAACAAUGUCGAGAAGCUGACCGACGAGAUCUGGGCCAAGAUCUGCAACAUGUUUGUGUACUUGUUUGACGUCACAACACCGCGCGCACUCUUCUUUGAUGUCGGCGGCCCGCCCAUCGAGCCCCCCAAAACCAUCGAGCCGGUUUACAGCGGCGACGAAGUCCCCAGGAAGGCCGAGACUCCAACUACGCCAGCCUACCGACCUCCCCCUCAAAAAAAGGAUUUCCAGCAAAUCAUCGUGAAAUGCGUGCUCCAUCUGCUGGUGAUUCGGACGCUGCAAGAGGUCUUGGUGUCGUCCAACCCACCCGACGCCGUCUACAGAUCGCUAUCGUCGCUGAACCUGUUCACGCUUAUGGACUGCCUCGAACGAAGCUAUAGCUUUGCCCAGAACUUCAACAGCGACAUGGACCUGCGCAUGGCGCUCUACCGCAUGGGGUUCAUGAAGCAGCUGCCCAAUCUGCUAAAACAAGAGACUACUUCCGUCGAGACCUACGUGGCCGUCUUGAUCAAAAUGUAUCUCGACACAAAUCCGGAACGCAUCGCCACCCAGAGCGAGAUCGAGAAGCGCCUGAUUCCUCUCGCCUUUGGCAUCAUUUGCGACUACAACGCCCUUGAUCCCGAAGCCAAGAAGCGCAACGUGCAGGCAUGGCGGCCGGUGGUUGUGACGAUCUUGAACGCCCUCAUUGACUUCAACGACGAGCAAUUCCAGAGGCACAUGAAGGAGUUCUACCCAGAGAUUGUGAAUCUGCUGCUGCAAGAGGUCCCGACUGAGGUUCGGCUGGUGCUCCACUCGUUGCUGAUGAGGGCCGGCCGAACCUUCAGGAUCUUUACAGAGGACCAGCAGGGCCGAAAGGAUUCUUUCCGUGGAUCGCGGUCUGUUAUCGACGACACGGAUGUCGAUCUGAACGAGAACAUGAAGAUCCAGACGCUAGGGUUCGAGAAAGGCGAUAGCGACAACGUCCCGAUCGAAGAAGCGACUGAAUCGGAUGAUCUGCGAAACUUGCAGGGCGAACCCAGCGACGAUGGCCCAAAGGACGAGCAGCAGACAACGGACCUUCCCUUUGAAGCCCAGCUCGAGCUCAUUGAGAAGCGGGCCGGGCCUGACGCGACUACCGACACCACCGAAAGCUUGACUGGUGCCGACACCGUCUUGGAAACCGCCGAGACCCAGCUUGGCCUGACUCUCAAGAAUGUCGAGACCGCAGCACUCGUUGACCUCUGAUCGCCGGUCGCUGCUGCAUGCAUGGGAUGCACUGGCAACAGCGAUGGCUGCUGCUCAAUCUGGGCGCUCCCACAAUGAAACGGGGCACUUUGCUUUUGUUUGAAUGGCAAUACACAUAUCUACCAUCCAUCCUUGGAAGUGAGGCAGGGCCGUUUUAUAGGCGAUCCAAUAAAAAACGGGACACCCAGGUUUUGACCAUUCAUCGAA